AUUUGAAGUAGCCAGAAGAGUAUGUGUUUUUGUUCUUAAGAAAUGUCACGUCAGAGUUUUCGCUCAACAAUAGAGAAGCUUUGAUAUGUAACUGUGUUUGUAGGAGAUAAGUAGAUCAACUUUAGCAACUUCUCAAUCCUAUCGUUUUCAUACGACUAGACUCCGUAGUUUCUAAAUGCCUCUGUUAAAAUCUUGACCAAAAGAUAUAUGUAGUGGCCGUUCAAUUGGUAGCUACUUGUUAAUUCCAAAAUUUCCUCAUCUGCAGAUUGUGGAAAGGCAAAAAAUAUGUGUAGAAACGUGGAGAAUCGAACUUUAAGAAAGUGAUACUUGGAAUGUAACCUAUUGAAAAUAGACCUACCGCUGUUUCCACUUUUCAACACUCAAAAAUCUCAAUGUAAACGCACUGGCACAUAUGUAAACAACACUUGAAAGCAAAAAAUAGCAUUCGGAAAAAUUUACUGUAAAACUAUUAGUUCGUGGUUCCCUAUUUCUAACUCUACAUGGAAAUGUCUUCUUGGUCCUCAGAUUUUAAAGAACAAUCAAGGUUAUGUGAUGAUCUAGACUGUGAUAUGGAUUAUUUACUCUCUGGAAGGUAUGAAAUACUGGCAUCGGCCAAUACCACUGUUCAUUGUAAUUCUGUACAGUCUGCAUUUGCUUUACCAAAAUCAACAAACUCACCCUUUUGCUCACCAAAUCAGACACAUCCUAUAAAUUCGAUAUUCCCUUGUAGAAAAGUCAUUACAUGCUCAUGUCGGUGCUGUGAUCCAUUCUCAGAUCACCUCAGUCAUAUGACAAGUAUAAACCAAGUACAUGAUAAAAAUAUUGACUUUCCGUGUAUUAUUAUGGAUGAUAAUGAUGUUGAUGUUGAUAAUGGCGACGAUGAACAGCCUAAAUUAAAUUUAACUGAUCCAUUAAUGACGGAUAUUGCGGCUGGGGAAUUAGAUAACUCACCUAAUUCAUGUCAUGAAUAUGAUACGUUACUUAUGCUUCCUUCCUCAUCAUCAUCUUCUACAUCAUCAAUUGGAUACAUCAAUAAUCAUUGUAAUUCCAUGUGUUCAAGUCCUACAGAAAUGGAUUUCUUAAAUUCAUCCACUUCUUCAUAUGCUAAUAAUUGUAACAAUAAUAAUAAUAUUAAUAAUUGUUAUAGUACAAUAUCUCCAAUUGAAUGUUCUUCAUCAUCGUCAAAUAGUUCUUGUUGUUCAUUUAAAUCACAACAAUGCUACAAUUGUAUAAACUCAAUUCAGGUGAAUAAUCAUUUAAAUAAUGAUAAUGUAUCAUCAAAAUCUUCUAAUAAUUCUACAACUACUGCUAUUAGUAGUAGUAAUAGUAGGGCUACUACUAUUACUAAUUCCGUUGAUACUAUUGCUCCAGAUAGUACUGUUAUUAUUUCUACUUCUAAUCCAUAUGUGAAACUGUUUACAAGUUCAAAUAGUUCACUUAUUGAUCAUCAAACUCAACCACAUAUUUCAUCAUUAUCAAUGAGAACUAGUAAACCUGUAUGGCAAAUGAAAUUCACACGUAAACAGUAUGUUUAUAAUCGUACAAUUGUAAAUAGCAGUUCUUCCAUUGCAUCAUUAACACGGUCUCGUCAAUCGCAUCAUCAUCAUCAAAACAACCACUACCAUCAACAACAAUUACAUCAUUAUUAUCAUCAAUCUAAACGUCGUUUCUCUUCCUUAUCAAAGAAAUCAUUUCCUGUAAAUAAUAAUCAUAUUGAUCAAAUCUAUAAUUCACAUCCAAUUUCAAUGCAUUAUGAUUAUUCUUUUAGUAAUAGUGAUAUAGUACAGCAAUUACCAUCUAAUCAAAUUGUUACGUCAUCUCAAGGACAAACCGUUCAAUAUCCUACUCAUGAUUUAUUAUCCACUUAUACAUUUCAGUUAUCUCCAUCAAUUUCAAAUAAUCAAAGAGAAAAGUUAUUCUAUAAUAAUAAUAAUAAUAAUACUAUCGACAAUAAGAAUGUUGAGGGUACUGUAAAUAUUCUAGAACGUGAAGAAAAUAGUCUUAUGUAUACACCUGUUUCAAUAAGAAAAGAACAUAAUGAAUCAUCGUCCAUUCGACCGUCAUCAUCAUCAUUAUCUUCAUUUUCAAUAACACCAACACUAACUAACAAUAGUACUACUAAUUCUGUAACAUGUAAAAACCAAUCUAAAACUAAUUCAAUCCAUCAUUCUAUAAAUAUAUCUAAUCCUGUUCAUAAACGUUUGCAUUUGUUACAAUUUAUUAGUAAACUUUUACAAUAUUCUUCUGAUUCAUCAACAUCAUCUUUAACGAAUUCCACAAAUUCAUCGUCAUUGUCAUCAUCAUCAUCCUCUGCAUUCCUUUCAUCAUUAUUUCCUACAACAUCUACAAGUUCAUUUUGUUCAAUUAAUCAACAACCGGAUGAAUUUAUACUACAUUUAUUCAAUCCUAAUUCACAAUAUCUUAAUUGUGUUCAGUGGAUUGAUAAACAAGCACGUAUUUUUCAAAUAAGAAAUCCACAAAAGUUAUCACAAUUAUGGGGAUAUUAUCGUAAAAAUGUCAAUAUGACUUUUGAAUCGGUUAGUCGUAGUUUAAGAUUGUAUUAUGUCUCUGGGAAAUUAGAACGUAUUCGUGGUCAACGUAAUCAAUAUCGUUUUUUAGACGUAAAUGCUUAAAUUACACAAUUACAUAAUAUUCAUUUAUGAUUUUUUUCCUCGCUAGUUUACAGCAUCCCGUCUUCUGCACUAUCAUUUUCUUUAUUUACCCUUUUUUACUUUUCUCUCGUGUUUUUGUUAAAAAUUUUCUAGAACUAUUUUUAGUGAGAAAAAGAUUAGCAUAUAAAAUUUUAAGAAGCAACCUACUUUGUAUAUUUUCAUUUAUGAUCUGUGUUACAUUGCUUUGUCUGUUGGAUUAUUACUAUUAUUUUUAUUAUUAUUAUCGUAACUAUUCCUGUUGGGGUGGCCUAUAGCUCUUCCACUAGGAGUAACAGGCUUAAAUGAGUAUUUUAACUAUAAUUAUCAUAUAAUUCUUGUAUGGAUACACGCACAUAUUCUGCCAGUUCACGUAACACAUACACAUUAAAAUUCUUCUUUACAACUUUAUUAUAUGAAAUUGUCUUUCUUAUUGAUUUCACUCAGAUAAAAUGAAAUAAGUUUUGAAUAUUAUUUUCUAUUAUUUCCAUUGUUACUAUCAUUCUUUCUUAUGAUUAUUUUCUUUGUCUUUCGUUUAUUCAAUAUUAUAAACGUCCAUAGUGA